AUGUUAUUAACCAAGCUCUUAGUUGCUCUUCAGCUCUUACAUUACUACAAUGCUUCAGCACUUCCCAAGGGUUCAAACCAUCUCAUAAGGAGAAUGCAUGGAAUUGAAAAUGCUGAGAAAGUUGGUCCAACCAGAGAAGUUGUAGAAAGCUCGGUACUCUCUGAAGCAAAGCUUGGAGAUAGUGUAAAAAUUCAAGAUGAUACACCCAUCACAACAGAAAAGUAUGAUGCAGGAAUUCCCCAUUGGGGCCCUCCUUCUCAGGGCAAGAUUAAGCUUAUAAAUGAGUCAGGACUUGAUGUAAAAAAGCAUCGUGCAAUUUUGGCCCAACAUUUAAUCCAACAUGGCCGUGUGGACCUUCAGCGUUUGAGAAAGGGCAAAAACCGAUUUUCUCAUACUCAUGGUGGGUUGGGAGAGGAGGUCACUGGAGAGGUGAAGGAACUUGCUCAGGAAAUUGAAGCCCCUGCAAGGGAUUAUUCAAAGGAUGAAUACACUAAGCAAAUUCUCAACCGUGGCAUGCACAAGCAACAGGGUCCCAUGAUAUAG